UUCCUAUCCUUUCUCCCUUCCUCUAUAAUGUCUCUUCCACUGUGGACCCCAUUUCUUUUUUCCUUUUCCUUUUAUUAUUUUUCAAUUAAAUUUUAAAAAUUAAAAAUUAAAAAAUAUUUCCCCUUUCCUUCUCGAACCCACGUUUUUCUUUUUUUCCUUUUUCCCUCCCUUCUCUUCCUUAUCAUUUACUCUCCUUACCCAGAAACUUCUAGAAACAACAAAACCUCUCUCUCUCUCUCUCUCUCUCUCUCUCUAACCAUUGCAGUGGCGGAGCUCAUUCUCAGGCACGGUCCCCUUCUUUACUCCUCCGAUUCCGAUUCUUGAUUCUCCUCCUUUAGAUUGGGACGAGAGCUGUUGAAAAUCGGAGAUCCUUGUGCUUCAGAUCUGGGAGAAGAGGCUAUGGCUCCGUCGCCGGCCGAACCGAUCGGCGAUUCUGGGACGGGGGAUUCUCAGAGAUCUAUACCUACGCCGUUUUUAACGAAAACUUAUCAACUGGUUGAUGAUCCGGCUGUGGAUGAUCUUAUCUCCUGGAAUGAAGAUGGAUCUACUUUCAUAGUUUGGCGACCGGCUGAAUUUGCUCGAGAUUUACUUCCUAAAUACUUUAAGCACAAUAAUUUCUCUAGUUUUGUCCGUCAACUCAACACUUACGGAUUCCGAAAGGUCGUGCCGGACCGAUGGGAAUUUGCGAAUGAUUGUUUCCGGAAAGGUGAGAAAGGACUUCUCCGAGACAUUCAGCGGCGGAAAGUUGCGCUGUCGGUAACGACGACAACGACGUCAGCUGCUGUGGCUGUGCCGGUGCCGGUAGCAGCAUCCCCAGCUGUGUUGGCUCACGUGAUAUCGCCGGCGAACUCUGCCGAAGAGCAGGUUACGUCCUCGAAUUCAUCGCCGAUGGCAUUCCAACGUAGUACGAGCUGCACCACGACGCCAGAACUUGUAAGAGAGAACGAACGGUUAAGGAAAGAGAAUAUGCAACUGAGUCACGAGUUGACUCAGUUGAAAGGACUCUGUAACAACAUACUAUCGUUAAUGACGAAUUACGCUUCAGGUCAGCACCACCAUUUUGAGUCGGGGAGCGUCCGUGACGGAAAGGCUUUGGAGCUCUUACCGGCGAGACAGGUGAUGGAAGACGAAGGAGCCGUCAGCGACGGGGCUCUUGAGGUGAGACUAAAGAUGGGGGAGAAGAUGGCGGCGGCGGCAGCAGCAGGAGUGACGCCAAAACUGUUCGGAGUGUCGAUCGGAGUGAAACGGAUGAGGAGAGAGGUAGAAGAGGAAGAAGAAGAGAUGGUGGGGCAAAAUCAUGUACAGUCGGAAGAAGGUGAGACCGGGUCAGAGAUCAAAGCUGAACCGUUGGAUGAAAAUUCCGAACAUCCAGAUGGAUCCGCGUCGCCGUGGCUCGAACUCGGGAAUCAAGGCUCCUGAUAUAAAACGACGUCGUUCGGGAAGUUUCUAAAACCUGUCGUUCUGAUGGCCAUUGUCGUCGUAACUGAUGGAGAAAAAGAAGAUAAGGUUUUUUUUCUCUCUUUCGGGGGGAAUUGGAGAGAGAGGGACAGAGGAGACCAAACCGGGCCUAGACAGAACGAAGAAUCUCACGUGCCAAACACGUGAGCUAGAAAAUAUACAAAAUUUUAAAAUAUAUUUGUUUCUAAUAAUUUAAUUUUCUUUCUUUCUUUGGUCUUUUUUGAUGAGGGGCUUAGGUUUGUUUGGUCCUUGUAGAGAGAGGAGAAACCGUGGAAAAAUCAACCGGGUGGGUCGGUUGGUAAGACGGUUAAAAUGACGGAAAAACACAUGAAGAAGAAGAAAGGGCAGUUUGUAAUUUAUCCUAGAAUUUCUCUAUUCUAAAGAAAACCAUCAGUUAUGUGGUUCUCUUGUUAUCCGGUUUCUAGUAACCCGGUUCGGAUGUGACGUGUAAUUGUAUUGGCCGGCCCAUUGUAACGGUUUAUUUUCUCUUUUUUUCCUUUUGUAAUUCUCAUUCUCUUCCCGUUUGAGAGGGGGAAAUAGUAACUUCAAUCUUGUAAAUACCAAUUUUGAUAA